GAAUCUUCUCCUCUGGUUGCAGCAAUGGCGUCGCCCGAUGAACAGCAGCCAGAAGAGAAAGAUUCUUUAUUCUCCGAUGAAGAGCCUACAGUAACUGAGGCAGAGGCCGUAACAGCUGUAGAAGAAGACGUAAAACCUGAAUAUACCGAAGAAGAUUUGGAGAAGUUAGUGCGUUUUGUGAAAGACAUUACAACUUUGUAUGAUUUACGUGACACCGAUUGGAAUGAGGCGAACGAAGACGUUAUAAGGCAGUGGUUUUUGAACAUUAAAGAACCAGUGUUAUGUAUUUAUUUCGAAGCGGACGAUUUAAAGUGUAUGUACGGAUAUCCAGACUGUCCCGUGUUAGAUUUAACUUAUUUUUUACGCGAACCAAAUGAAAUUUUUGAUGUGGAAACGUUUCAUGAUAAAAUUACUUUUGCGACUGUCGAUGAUAAUAUCGAGGGGACGAUUUUGAAGACUUUAGAAAACGUUUAUGCUCCAGUUUUUUUCCAUGUUACUACUUGGCCAGAUAGUGUAAAAUCUGAUUUUUGUGCAAAAUUGCAUAUGUUAUUAGCUAAGUUAACUGAUUUGUAUUACAAACUGUUGGGUUUGACCGUUAUUUACGUGCCUAAAGAAGGAUUAGAUAUACCAGUUGAAGUUGCCAGUAAAGAUAAAGAACUUGUAAAGCGAUUAGAAAGCAUCGUUGUUUAUUGGACAAGACAGAUACGUGUGGUAAUUCAAGAUCAAGAUCAAAACGCACCUGAUGAUUUAUUAUGCCCUAACGAUGAAUAUGAAUUUUGGAUUUAUAGAUAUGAGAAUCUUUCUGGGCUAGCUUACCAAUUAACAAAUAAAGACUUAAAACAUACCUGCGAUAUUCUCGCAGCGGUUCAAUCUAUAUACGCUAAACAAUUUAUUAGUUUAUCAGAAGAAAUUAAUCAAAACUUAAUUGAAGCAAAAUCCAAUAUUGAAUAUCUACAAGUUUUAAAGAAACCAUGUAAUGACUUACGAAAAUUAGAAUCACCUGAACUAAUUCCACCAAAACUACAAAUCAUUCUCCAUCUGAUCCGUUUUAUUUGGAUAGAAAGCCCAUAUUACAAUACCGUAGAAAAAAUAACAACCAUAUGCAGAGCGUUAACCAAUCAAAUCAUUCUACAAUGUACGACGUAUUUAGACUUAAGCAUUGUAUUCAAGGAGAGACGUACAAGACAAGCAAUCGACAUGUUUCAAACUUGUAUCGAAACCUGUAUAAAAUAUAUUCAAAUUUAUACAUUGGUUUCGGAAUGCCACACAAAACACACCGAAUUACCUUGGGAUCUCGAUAAAGCCCCGAUAUUCAAUCAUUUGGAUUCAUACAUCCAACGGUGCAAAGACAUGAUUGAAAUAUGUGAAGCGAUGAUUACCUUUGGUAGAUUUGACGAGAUUGAGGUCAUACCAAAACCGAAAUUUGGGGGAAGUCGGGGAGAGGAAUUUGAAAUGUGGUGCGAAAAAAUCGAAGCUAUGUUAUUGGAGAGCAUAGAAGAUGUAGAAGCUGUCCAACACUUAAUAUUAAACGUGCAAACAUCGGCUUGGUAUGAUGAAAUUUUAAAGUUUAGGGGGCGCAUGAAAGAUAUAGAAAUUGUAAUAGAAAAUUUGGUUAAUAGUGUUUUUGAACAAAUUACAACAGUUGAAGAUGGUGUUGAAGCUAUGGGUGCUUUUUUUAAUUAUAUACAUCGUGAUACAUUAAAAGGAUUGUUUGAAAGAAAAACUUUAUUUAUUUAUCAUAUAUUCAGAGCAGAAAUACAAAAUACCAAACUAGAUUUAGUUGAAGAAAUGGAAGAUUAUCCAGCUAGAUUUCCAUAUUACGCUGGUAGAGCGAUGAUGGUAGAAUGUAAGAAGAGUAAUUUGAAAAUAAUGAGAAAAAUAUUAGAUGCAGCCGCGUGGCUUCCGUCUUGUAGCAUUGCAGACGAAGUCUUUAUGCAAUAUGAUCAUCUAAUGUCCUCUAUCGACGAGUUGCGGAUAUCAAUUUACAGAUCUUUUGUCUCAAGCUUAGGAGAUGACGUAUUGGCUAGACUAAAUGUAACGUUAAUGUGUAGAAGUGUCACUAAACCGGGGCUUAUUGAAUGCAAUGUUGACCGGGUGAUAAUAAACACCAUAUUUGAAUUAAAAUGUUGGCUAAAUAUGGGUUAUGAAGUGCCACCACAUGUUGUACCAUUAGCUAAACGGGAAGAAACUAUAAGAUUCAUAUAUGAAAACGUGUUAUCGGUUGUGAUGGAUUACAAUAAAAUAAUUACGUCGCUUUCUGAAACAGAAAGAUUACUUUUUAAACAAUUGUUAUAUUCUCUUGAGAAGAAAAUAGCACCCGGACUUUCUCAACUCACUUGGGCUACUGAUGUCUGUGAUGAAUAUAUCGCCGAAUGUAGUGCUUGUACAUCUGACUUACAAGAAUUUUUGGAUGAUUAUAAAACAUGUAAUUUAAAAAUUGUGUCAAUUUGCGAAAGAAUAUGUGAUACACCAAUGAUAAAUUUGCAAAUUAGCCAAGCUAUGCAAUUAUCUCAACUUGUCGAAGACAUGCAUCUUUACCGUAAUAAAGUUAUUGAAGAAUUGGUGGUACAUUAUCAAGAUAUUGCUCGUUAUAUAAUCGUUGUUUAUGAAGGAUUUGAAUCUCAUAUAGCCAAUAUGGCAGAUGAGUGGAUAAAAUACAUGUGUAGGUUCGAUCAUCUUUUAGAGGAAGCAGUCAAAGUUUGUGUUAGAAACUCUUUGCAGAAUAUGUACGAAGCUUUACAUGGUGAUGGCACUACGGGGCCAAAUUCAGUGCUAAAAUUAGAAGCUAACUUAAAGCAAAAUCGAAUAAAUUUUGAACCAUCCCUUAGUGAUGUAGCUUAUUUUGUAUCGGAUAUUUUGCCCUCAAUUACCAACACUUUAUGUUCUCUUCCACGAUUAGUGGACAAAUUUCAAAUACAAAUAGAUUUCUUAAAACCAUUUCAUCAACUAAUUGACGAGGAUCUCGAAUGCCAGCGACUACAAGCAGCACUAAACGAAGAAGUUAGAAUUAACGUUAGACUAAUACAACAGUAUAUGGUGACUUGGGAACCAUUUAAAGAAUUGUGGGAGGUCAACAAAGAAAUGUUUCUAAAUAGAUAUGAAUCCCAAAAACCGGGUGCCGCUCAAUUUGACUCCGACAUCGGACGAUAUACGGAAGUUAUCAAUAACAUACAAAUGCAAGAAACUAUGACUGCAGUUCAUUUUAUUUUGGUUGAUUCAUCGGAAUUAAAACGCGAAAUCAGUGAACAUUGUUUAGAUUGGCAGAGAAAAUUGUGUGCGUUGCUUUACAAAAUGACAGUAGAUAAAAUUAAUCACGUUUUCCUAUAUACUAAAAAAAAUGGCAAAUUAAUAAUGCAUCGUCCGGAAAAUUUGGAUGAAAUGCAAUACUCCGUGGUAUUUUUCCAACAACUUUCGGAUGAAGUGCCAAUAGAAGCAGCACAAUUUCCUGUAAUAGCUGAUCAAAUUACCGUUUUGGAUAAGUACAAAGUAGAAAUUCCUAAACAAGUGCUUGAAGAUGAAAAGCAAAUACCUAUUGUGUGGGCCGAUUAUGUAACUCUUCUAGAAGACGCUGAUAAAAUGAUUGGCUACGCUAAGGAUGAGUUUAGAGCUGGUUUAUUAGAAGCUGCGGAGGAGUUUAAGAAAGAAGGUGCAACUAUGUUGGAAAACUUCAUGGCACAAGGUCCAUUUAGUUCAGAAUGGACCGCCACCCAAGCCCUUAGUUUUCUGGAUGAUAUGAGAGCUCAAAUAUCGGCUAUGAGAGACAAAGAAGCUCAAUUGCGUAAAGAUUUAGGUCUGUUCGAUUUAAGUUUGUUCAGUUCUGCAGAAUUGGCAGCUUUGGAAAAAGAGUUAGCAGCACUUCAAGGUGUUUGGGAAGCAGCACGCGAAUGGGAUAUAGCUUGGGAAAAGUAUAAAGGAGGAGGGUUCUGGACAAUAGAAACUGAAGAAAUGGAAGUAACAGCUCAGGGAUUAUUUAGGAAACUAACUCGCAUGUCCAGAGAAUUUAAAGAUAAAGGGUGGACGAUAGUGGACGAUACCAGAGCAAGGGUGGAUGCAUUUAGAAGAACAUUACCAUUAGUAAGUGAUUUGAAGAAUCCAUCUAUGAGAAAAAGACAUUGGGAUAAAGUUAGGAAAGUGAUUGGUCAAGAUUUUGAUGAGCAAUCUCCAUCCUUUAAUUUAGAGGCUAUCGUUAGAAUGAGAAUGCAAGACUUCGCCGAUGAGAUAAACGAUAUUAGUAAUGCGGCAACUAUGGAACUAAAUAUUGAAAAAGGAAUAAAGGCCAUAGAAGAUCUUUGGAAGACAAUGACAAUUGAUAUGGCCCCAUAUAAAGAUAAAGGUGUGUGUCGCAUCAAAUCGGUAGAUGAUUGCUUUCAAGCACUUGAAGAUAACGCCACUCAAAUAUCAACCAUGAAAAGUACUAGAUUUGUGGAACCAUUCGCAAAAGAAGUGGACUAUUGGGAACGGUUACUAUCUUACAUUAGCGAAUCUUUAGAAAAUGCAUUGAAUGCUCAGAGACAAUGGCUUUAUCUAGAAAAUAUUUUUACUGGAGAAGAUAUUCGAAAACAAUUACCAAAAGAAUCCGAGGAUUUCAUUAGGAUCACAAAAAAAUGGAUAGAAAUAACAUCUGCAAUGUAUAACGCCCCAACUGCUGUUGCAGCAUGUACUUUCAGACCACCGCCAUAUUUAUUAAAUCAAGUCAUUAAAAUGAACGAUCUAUUAGAACAAAUACAAAGGGCUUUAGAAAAGUAUUUAGAAACCAAACGUCACGUUUUUCCAAGAUUUUAUUUUAUUUCUAACGACGAUAUGUUGGAGAUUCUUGGAAAUGCAAAGAAACCAGAAGCUGUUCAACCACACCUUAAGAAGCUUUUUGACAAUAUGAACAAAAUCAAGCUUCAGAAAAACAUAACUUCUGGUAAAAGCGAAGCUGCUGGAAUGUUUGCUGAUGAUGGUGAAUACAUGGAAUUUCCCAAAUUUGUAACGAUUGAUGGCCCCGCCGAAAACUGGUUGCGAGAUCUAGAAACUGCAAUGAGAAACACUUUAAGAACUGAGUUUAAGCCGUGUAAAAGCUCCCUAAAAAAGAUGUUAACAAAACGAGAUAAAUGGUUAUUAUCGAAUUGUGGGCAACUAUGCAAUGCUUGUAGUUUGAUUCAAUGGACUAGUGUAUGUACACGAGCAUUGAUACAUUGUAAAAUUCUUGAAAGCAAGAAACCGUUAAAAAGACUACGGAAAAAACAAAAUAAAGUUUUGGCAAAACUUUCUGAGUUGAGUAGAAAGGACCUUCCUAAAAUCCAAAGAUUGAAGACCAAUGCUUUAAUUACUAUUGAGAUUCAUUCGAGAGAUGUAAUUGAUAGAAUGUACAAAGCCAAUUGCACUGAUACUAACGCCUUUGAAUGGUUCUCACAACUUCGAUUUUAUUGGGAUAGAGAAAUUGAUGAUUGCGUAGUUAGACAAACCAAUACUAGAUUUAUGUAUGGAUAUGAAUACAAUGGAAAUUCUGGGAGAUUAGUUAUUACCCCCUUAACUGAUAGAUGUUAUAUAACAUUAACCACCGCACUACAUUUAUUUCGUGGUGGAAGUCCGAAAGGUCCAGCUGGAACUGGAAAAACGGAAACUGUGAAAGAUUUAGGAAAAGCAAUGGGAAUGUGGGUUAUUGUUAAUAAUUGUUCGGAAGGCCUUGAUUUCAAAAGCAUGGGUAAAUGUUUUUCGGGGUUGGCACAAACGGGAGCGUGGGGAUGUUUUGAUGAGUUUAAUAGAAUCAAUAUCGAAGUGUUAUCGGUCGUAGCGCAACAAAUAUUAUGCGUGUUAUCAGCAAUGUCUCAAAGAUUAACAAAAUUUACUUUUGAAGGCACUGAAAUAGGAUUAAAAGAUACAUGUGGCAUUUUCAUUACUAUGAACCCGGGUUACGCUGGCAGAACAGAACUUCCGGAUAACUUGAAAUCAAUGUUUCGACCUAUUUCCAUGAUGGUUCCGGACAGUUCCAUUAUUGCGGAAAAUAUCCUCUUUAGCGAUGGAUUUCAGAGUACUAGAUCUCUAGCUAAAAAAGUUUUUACUUUAUAUCAAUUAGCAAUGCGACAACUGAGUAGGCAAGAUCAUUAUGAUUUCGGUUUGCGUUCUAUGGUUGCAUUACUUCGGUAUGCUGGGAAAAAACGCAGGCUACACUCAAACUUUCCAGAAGAUCAAGUUGUAUAUUUAGCUAUGGCCGAUAUGAACAUUGCUAAAUUAACUUCUGAUGAUUUACCAUUAUUCAAUGGAGUUAUGUCAGACAUAUUUCCCGGAGUUACAUUACCCGAAGUUGAUUACGAAGAAAUGAUAACAGCUAUUGAAGAAUCAUUUAGAAGUGUCGGGUUACAAACAAUUAAAUCAGGCGUUAUAAAAGUUAUUCAGCUAUAUGAGACGAAAGGAUCUAGACACUCUGUGAUGAUUUUAGGAGCGACAGGAACGGCAAAGAGUGUUACUUGGAGUGCUUUAAAGGACACCAAAGGUCGAAUGAAGCAAAAGAAUAAACCGGGAUUUCAGGCUGUUCAAGUUUAUCCAAUAAAUCCAAAAGCUCUCAAUUUAGGUGAAUUGUACGGAGAGUAUAAUUUGAGUACAAAUGAGUGGCAUGAUGGAAUUAUUAGUGCAAUAAUGAGAAUUACGUGUGCAGAGGAAACCCCUGAUGAGAAAUGGAUUUUAUUUGAUGGUCCAGUAGAUGCAGUUUGGAUAGAAAAUAUGAAUAGCGUAAUGGAUGAUAAUAAAGUUCUUACAUUAAUUAAUAGUGAUCGCAUUACUAUGCCAGAGCAAGUAUCGUUAUUAUUUGAAGUUGGUGAUUUAACUGUGGCAUCUCCUGCGACUGUUAGUCGCUGUGGAAUGGUUUAUAACGAUUAUAAAGAUUGGGGGUGGCACCCGUACGUAAAAUCAUGGAUACAAAGGCAAAAGCAAGGCACAAAGUACCAAGAUGUUAUGCAAAAGUACUUUAACACUUAUCUUCAAAUAAUGCUCGAUUUUAAACGUUUACAAUGUAUCGAAACUGUUGUGACUACAGAAUUGAGUAUUGUUCAAGCUCUUUGUCGAUUAUUAGAAAUUUUCGCCACAAGAGAAAACGGAAUAGACCCAACUAAUGAUGAACAAUUUGAUGAAAUGUCGAAAUUAUGGUUUUUAUUUUGUCUAGUAUGGUCAGUAGCAUGUACAGUUAAUGAAGAUGGCAGAAAGAAAAUGGAUACUUAUAUACGCGAAAAAGAAGGAAUAUUUCCAUUGAAGGAUACCAUAUACGAAUAUUAUGUAGAACCCAAAUUGAAAGCGUUUUGUUCUUGGGAGGAGAGGUUAACAUUGGGGUGGAAAUAUGAGACGGGAAUACCAUUCUUCAGAAUUAUCGUUCCAACAAUUGACACUGUUCGAUAUCAAUAUAUUGUUGGCAAUUUAUUGAAACGAAACUAUGCAGCGUUACUUUGUGGCCCUGUUGGUACCGGAAAAACUUCCACAGCUCAAUCAGUACUCAAUGAUUUGGAUCCUGAUCGAUACCUACAGUUGAAUAUCAACAUGUCGGCGCAAACAACAUCUUUAAAUGUACAGGAUGCUAUUGAAGGACGAGUUGAAAAAAGAACAAAAUCAAAAUUUGCACCACCCGCCGGAAAAUUAUUAGUAGCUUAUAUGGAUGAUUUAAAUAUGCCAGCAAAAGAAACUUACGGUUCUCAACCACCUUUGGAAUUGUUGCGACAAUGGAUGGAUUAUGGGUUCGUUUACGAUCGUGCAAAGCAAAUCAGAAAAUAUAUUGAAAACAUGCUUAUUUUGGCUUCAAUGGGGCCUCCAGGUGGUGGACGAAAUGUGAUAUCACCGCGAUUAUUGAGUAGAUUCAGCGUAAUUAACAUGACGUUUCCAACAAAUGAAACUAUUGUUAGAAUAUUUGGAACUAUGCUUGCUCAACACUUAGGUGAUUUUUCGGAGGAUGUAAAACGCAUAGGUAGUAUUAUAACGGAUAUGACUAUAGAUCUUUAUGAAAUGGUAGUUUUAAAAAUGUUACCAACACCAACUAAAACACAUUACUUAUUCAACUUGAGAGAUAUCUCAAAGAUAUUCCAAGGAAUGUUGCGUGCUCAUAAAGAUCUUGUAAAUACAAAACCUUUGGCAUUAAGGCUAUGGAUACAUGAAUCGUUUAGGGUAUUCUAUGAUAGACUUGUUGAUAACAAAGAUCGGGAAUGGUAUAACGAACAAAUAAACACACAAUUAGGACGAUAUUUUGAGCUAACUUUCCAUGCUUUGUGUCCAAACAGAGAAAUACCAAUGUUUGCUGAUUUUGUAAAUCCGUUUGGUUUGUACGAAGAUUGCAGAGACCCGGUCGCACUUAGAAAGUAUCUAGAUACACAGAUGGAAGAAUAUAAUGUCUCCCCUGGUGUUGUUAGAAUGGAUCUAGUGCUGUUUAGAGAUGCGAUGGAUCACAUUUGCAGAAUUGUUCGAGUUAUUUCUCAACCGAGAGGAAAUAUGUUACUUGUAGGAAUCGGAGGUAGCGGAAGACAAUCAUUAUCUCGAAUAGCUGCUUAUAUCUGCGAAUACAGUACUUUUCAAAUCACAGUCACUAGAAGUUACAAAGUAGUAGAAUUUCGUGAAGAUCUUAAAAAACUUUACGGAAUGACAGGUGUAGAUGUUAAACCACAAUCAUUUCUUUUUAAUGAUACUCAAGUUAUGGAGGAAAGUUUCUUAGAAAUUAUUAAUAACAUGUUGAGCUCAGGAGAAGUAGCAAAUUUAUAUAAAACUGACGAAUUUGAUGAAAUAAAAAACAAACUUUUCAGUGCGGUCGUAAAAAAUAACAUUCCUCAAACAAACGAAUGUAUUUACAAUUUUUUUAUUGACCGAGUUAGAGCAAACUUGCACAUUAUUUUAUGUAUGAGCCCAAUUGGUGAAGCAUUUCGCAAUCGCUUAAGACAAUACCCAGCACUUGUUAAUUGUUCCACAAUCGAUUGGUUUUGUGAUUGGCCAAAAGAAGCAUUAUUAGAAGUAGCUAAUAAGUACAUCAACGAUGUUAAUUUUGUUGAAACUAUAACUGGUGAUAAAGCGGUUAAAAGAAAAGAAUCAGUUUUGGUUUCAUCUCAAGACAAAUUACGUACCUCAAUGGCUGCUACUUUUGCUACCAUUCACGCAUCAGUAGCACAAUAUGCAAUAAAAAUGGCAGAAGAACUUAAAAGACACACUUAUGUAACACCAGUUAAUUACAUCGAAUUGGUCGCUGGCUACAAAAAAAUGUUAGCUGCUAAACGAUUUGAAGUUUCAUCUCAAGCUAAUAAGUUAAGAAAUGGAUUAUGGAAAAUUGACGAUUGCAAAGAUAAAGUUCAGGUUAUGUCUGUAGAGCUUGCUGAAGCCACGGUAAAAGUGGUAGAAUUUCAACAACAAUGCGAUGAGUAUUUGGUUAUAAUUGUAAAUCAACAAAAAGAAGCUGACGAACAAGCGAAAGAUGUUGCUAAAACUAGUGAGAAAAUAGCUGAAGAUACAGUGCAAUGUAAAAAAUUAGCGGAUGUUGCACAAGCUGAUUUAGAUUUAGCAAUGCCUGCAUUAAACGACGCCAUUGCCGCUCUCGAUGCUCUUAAUAAAAAAGAUAUUAGUGAAAUGAAAUCGUAUGCUAAGCCACCGGCAAAAGUGAAAAUCGUUAUGGAAGCUGUGAUGAUACUAAAAGGGGUUGAUACCUCUUGGGACGAGGCCAAAAGACAAUUGGGUGACAAUAAUUUUCUAAAUGAUUUAAGAGAAUUUGAUAAGAACCACGUAACUGAUAAAACACUAAAGAAAAUUGCUGUAUAUACUACAAACGAGGAGUUUGUGCCAGAUAAAAUUGGAGCUGUUUCAUUAGCGGCUAAAUCUCUUUGUCUAUGGGUAAUCGCUAUUGAAAAAUACGCAAAAGUUUAUAAGAUUGUAGCGCCAAAACAAGCAAAACUAGACGAAGCGAUGGAAUCUCUAAAAGAAAAACAAAGACUUCUAGCUGAAGCUCAAGCAAAACUAGCUGAAAUUCAAGCAAUGCUUGCGCGUUUAGAGCAAGAAUACCAAGAAAAACUUCGCCAAAAGGAAGAAUUAGAUAGAAAAGCUAAAAUGUUACAAUUAAAAUUAGAAAGAGCUGCUAUGUUAGUUGAUAAUUUGGCAAGUGAGCGAGAUCGAUGGAAUAUAACUGUGCAAACGUUAGAUACGCUUUACGAUUAUCUCCCGGGAGAUUGUGUCAUGGGUGUAGGAUUUAUUUCUUAUGUAGGAGCAUUCACAUCAAAUUAUCGAGAAGAAUUGGUAGAAUUAUGGAAAAAUGAAGUUCAGACACAAGAAAUACCAUUCAACCCAACAUUUAAUAUUAUAGGAUUUCUAAGCGACCCAACAUCUAUACGUGAAUGGAACAUACAAGGUCUUCCCUCGGAUGCAUUUAGCACAGAAAACGGUAUUAUAGCAGUUCGAGGGACAAGAUGGCCGUUAGCCAUAGAUCCACAAUGCCAAGCAUCUAAAUGGAUAAAAAAUAUGGAAGCAAAGAACGAUUUGAAAGUAAUCGAUUUUGGAAUGCCAGAUUUCAUGAGAUAUGUUGAACAGGCAGUUGUUUUUGGAAAACCGAUUCUUCUACAAAACAUAAUGGAAAGUAUGGAUCCAUCAUUAAAUCCAAUAUUAGACAGGGCUGUGGUAAAACAAGGUGGAAUGAAUAUAAUUAAAUUAGACGACAAAAUGGUCACAUACGAUGACAGAUUUAGAUUUUUCAUCUCGACUAAACUAACUAAUCCUCACUACCCACCAGAAAUAUCAACAAAAACCACAUUAAUUAACUUCUCCGUCAAACAACAAGGUCUUGAAGCCCAAUUACUUGGAAUUGUAGUUCGAAAAGAGCGGCCACAACUAGAAGAACAAAAAGAUAAUUUAGUUAUGACUAUUGCAACAGGAAAGAGAACACUAAUUAAUUUAGAAAAUGAAUUAUUGAGGUUAUUGAAUGAAUCUAGAGGGUCGUUGUUAGAUGAUGCUGAAUUAUUUCAAACUUUACAAACAUCGAAAGCUACUUCGAUUGCUGUACAAUCAAGUUUGCAAAUUUCAGAAACUACUGAAGUACAGAUUGAUACUGCAAGAGAGGGUUAUAGACCAUGUGCUGAACGAGCAGCUAUAUUAUUCUUUGUUUUGAAUGAUAUGGGAAAAAUUGAUCCUAUGUAUCAAUUUGCAUUGGAUUCUUACAUCUUAUUAUUUAAUCAAUCCAUUGAAAAAAGUACAAAAUCACAAAUAUUAGCAGACAGAAUAACGGGAUUGAAUGAAUAUCAUACUUAUUCAGUUUACAAGAACACUUGCAGAGCAAUCUUUGAAAGGCAUAAGUUAUUAUUUUCGUUUCAUAUGUGUAUAAAAAUAUUAGAAGCACAAGGAAAAAUAGUAGUGGGGGAAUAUAAUUUUCUCUUAAAAGGAGGUGUUGUUUUAGACCGCUCAAAUCAAAUGGAUAAUCCUUGUGCGCAAUGGUUAAGUGAUACAGCAUGGGAUAACGUAACAGAAUUAGAUAAAUUGGGAGGAUUUCAUGGUGUUAUAGAUUCGUUCGAGCAAUUACCAAGGGAUUGGUACCUUUGGUAUACUAAUCCAGAACCAGAAGUAUUACCUUUAGCCGGCGAAUGGGAAGAAGUAUGCAAUGAAUUUCAAAAAAUGCUUUUUAUACGAGCAUUACGUCAAGAUAGGAUAGCAUUUUGUACAUCUUCGUUCAUCGUUAAUCAAUUGGGAGGUAAGUUUGUGGAACCCCCCGUUUUAGACAUAAAGGUAGUCUUCGAAGAGUCUAUUCCACAAACUCCUCUGAUAUUUGUCCUUUCCCCCGGUGUCGAUCCCACCAACUCUUUAAUCCAAUUGUCCGAAAAUCUUAACAUGGGUUCGAGAUUUAUGUCGUUGAGUCUUGGUCAAGGUCAAGCACCCAUAGCUACCAAAAUGAUUCAAACCGGUGUUAGCGAAGGUAAUUGGGUAUUUUUAGCAAAUUGUCAUUUAUCAUUGAGCUGGAUGCCAAAAUUAGAUAAGAUUGUGGAAACUUUACAAUCUGGAAAGGUGCAUAAAGAUUUUAGGCUUUGGUUGAGUUCCAGUCCUCACCCAGAUUUUCCCAUUUCUAUUUUACAAGCUGGGAUUAAAAUGACUACAGAACCUCCAAAAGGUUUAAAAGCGAAUUUGAAAAGAUUAUAUAACUUAAUGACAGAGGAACAAUUUAAUUCAUGCCAAGCUAAAGAUAAAUACAAAAAGUUAUUAUUUUCAUUAUGUUAUUUCCACGCCAUUUUAUUAGAGAGGAAAAAGUUUCAACAACUUGGUUGGAACGUUGUUUACAGCUUUAACGAUUCCGAUUUUAUUGUAUCGGAGUCAUUGUUAACAAUUUACUUGGACGAAUAUGAAAUAACUCCAUGGGAUGCUUUAAAAUAUUUAAUAGCUGGGGUUAACUAUGGAGGUCAUGUAACUGAUGAUUGGGACAGAAGAUUAUUACUUACUUAUAUUAAUAUGUAUUUCUGUGACGAAGCAUUAACUACUCCAUUUUAUAGAUUAUCUUCAUUGGCUACAUAUUACAUUCCUAAUGAUGGUACAUUACAAUCGUACCAAGACUACAUAAUUCUUUUACCAAACGUUGAUAGACCCGAAGCUUUUGGUCAACAUCCAAACGCCGAUAUCACAUCACUUAUUACAGAAUCGAGAAAUAUUUGCGAAACAUUAAUGUCUUUGCAAGUACAGGCAGCCGGUUCUGCUUCGGAAUCAAAAGAAGAUAAAGUAAUUCAACUUGCGGCGGAUGUCCGUACAAAAAUACCGGAAUUAAUCGAUUAUGAAACAUGUUAUAAAAAUAUGGGCGUAAACAAACAACCUUUAGAUGUUGUUUUAUUACAAGAAAUAUCCAGGUAUAAUGUGUUAUUGUUCAAAAUUAAAAUUUCCUUGGACGAUUUACAGAAAGGUAUUAAAGGAUUAGUUGUGAUGUCCACUGAAUUAGAAGAAAUAUUUACGUGUAUGUACGAAGGAAGAGUACCAUCGCAAUGGUUAAAAGCGUACUCUUCAUUGAAACUGUUAGGAUCAUGGACACGAGAUCUUAUUCAAAGAGUUGAUCAUUUUCACGUUUGGGCAGAAACUACACAUCCUCCAAUACUAUUUUGGCUGGCAGCUUUUACGUUUCCAACAGGAUAUCUUACUGCAGUCUUACAAACUGCAGCCCGUCAAAUGCAAAUACCAAUAGAUUCAUUAAUUUGGGAAUUUACUGUUCUAAAUGUUGAUGAAAAUACGAUUGGAGAAAAGCCUUCAAGUGGUGUAUACAUAAAAGGAAUGUAUCUGGAAGGCGCCGGUUGGGAUAAAAAGCUUGCUUGUUUAAUAGAACCACAACCGAUGCAAUUAGUUUCAUCAAUGCCUGUCGUUCAUUUCAAACCUGUUGAAUCAUUGAAAAAGAAAACUAAAGGAUUAUAUGUAUGCCCUUGUUAUUACUUUCCAAUUCGAGAAGGAGUACAAGGUAAGCCAUCUUUUAUUGUAGCUGUUGAUUUAAAAGUUGGCAUAAAAACAUCAGAUUUUUGGGUGAAGAGAGGAACUGCGUUGUUACUAAGUUUAGCAAACUAAUAAUUUGUUAAUAAUUUUUAAAUUCAAUAAAUUCUUUUAAUUGU